GUAUAACAAAAGUGUGGGCCAUUAAACUAUCCAUAGAACAUGGGUAUUGAGCGGUGACAGGAUUAGGGACUUAAAGUUGUCCCGUAUUAUCACCAAAUAACUGGGAAGGCAUAACGGUUUCCUGUUGUUAGUUCCGAAUCCGCUCAAGAAUCAACUGAAUCAAGUCAAGGUCUUACGUCGAAUAUUGUCGCUACAAAGUUAGGAAUCGAGUUAUUCUAAACGCAGUACGCAGGCCGAUGAAGCAAAGAAGAGAUAUAAAGGACGUCACUUGUCUUCAUGCAUACUGCCUCUUUUCUUACCCAUCCACCCAACUCCUUUUAACACCCUUGUCCUUGAACCUUUACCACUCUCAAAAUGAAGAUUUCUUCUAUCCUCGCCUUCUCCUCCAUGGCCCUUAUCGGCGCCGACGCAUGGAGCUUCACCGUGUGGACCGAAGAUUACCAAAAGGGCAAACACAUGCACUUUAAGAGUAUGGUCGCGGACAACAACUGCUACUCUAUCCCUGAUCAAAUCACAAGGGAGCGCGUUGGAUCCUUCACUUUUUGCAGCGCUGCCUGGACUCGCUGCUCGAUUACAAUCCACAGCAAGCCUGGUUGCACUGGUGACAAACUUGGCAGUGCGACGGCCGGCUCUCCCAAGGAAUGGUACAAGAAGAGCACCAGCAAGGAAGGCUCCUAUAUGAAGAGCUUCAGAAUCCAAGGCUGCAAGAAGGUCCCUAUCGCGGACCUGGACGUCGAUGUUACCAAGUGCUUGGAUGAUCCUUCUUAUAUUCACUAAAGGAACAAAUGUAUCGGGCGAAAGCCUCUCGGAAGGGCUGGAUAUUUUCUUUCUGGUUAGGAGGUAGGACGGAAGGCUAGUUACACGACCAGAAAUGAUUGCAAACUCCGAUACCUAUUUUUGGGGAUAGAUGGUGCUACGGGAAAAGGGGGAACAUAGUAAACCUUAUGUAUCCUAGCUCUGUGAGCAUGGGAUCGACGAUAUUUUAGGAUGGGUGCUGUCAAGAUCAAGCAUCAAUACAAUCAAUUCAACUUGAUCUUUAUGUUGACGGAGUCAAUCCUUCUCGAUGGC